AUGGACAGUUUCACACCGCUUGUUUUAGAGGCCGAAAGCAACUUCUUACAAGCUAAUCCCGACGAGCCUGCUGUACCAUUAGAAGGGCCAUUAGAGCUAAAGAAUAAGCAUAAUAGAGGACAGAGCUUUCGUAUUCGAGACGGAAAUGUAGCUCCUUAUUAUAUAUCUAGCUUCAGUCAUGGACCAGCAAUGACAAGUCAAAUAUAA